AUGCCGUCCAAAGACUUUAUCGACGUUCGCCUACUGGUGGAUGGCCAGCCUUUGGUGGAAUAUCAUCCUCCUGAUGGCGAAGCGGAGCCAGACCAGAAGCUGACGCGCUACGUGGAAGUAGAAGCUGGCCAGAAAUUCCAAAUCAGAAUGGCAUUCCUGCCUGGCUUCCAGUUUCGCUUCGCAGCUUUCGUGUACUACAAAUUUCAGGUCGAUGACGACGAUUCCUUCUUGUUUAAAACUGUAGGCUAUUCUGCAUGCGAUGUUCAUGGAGGCACAUUAGUGAAGGCCGUUGAGCGAGAAUGGGUAUCCACUCCUUGGAAGGAUGAGAGCACAGGGACGUGGCAUGACUAUGAAUAUGAGUUCGGCGCGCUUGGACUUGUCUACCGUGCCAAAUCACAGAAACGCAACAAACCCUACGUGUUCGACGAGGAAAUGCCCAGGAUUGUGGAUGAGCUCUCCGAGAGGCUUCUCAAGGGAAAGGAAAUAAAGAACAAUGUCCACUAUUCUUCACGGACCCCCACUUCACCACCAGAACUUCAGUAUGAGGAUCACAUUCCGAUCAAGGGAAAUCACGGCAGACCCUAUGAAUUCUUCUUCCUAUACCGAAACAGAAAUUCCGCUCUCAUUCUGCAACGCACUGAAGAUAUGCUGCGAAUCACCAAGCAACGAGAAAGAGAACGUAACCUGCGCAUCAUGGAAUUGGAGGAGAGAUUGGCUCGGGCGGAGUCUGGAAGUCAAGCCGGCAGCAUCAUCGACCUUGACAGCAAUACCACGCUUGUACCGACACGCGAAGGCGGCAUCAGAACGGAGCGGAAGUCGAACUGGGCGCCUCUUGACCAACUAGGUCGAUACGAAGUCCUUCCGAGGAUCAAAGCAGAACCGCGGGCCUCGAUUCCUCCUUCACCUUUGUUCGACGACAACAACAAGCGAAAGCGUGAAGACUCUACUGGAGAAGAUGGGAAUAACAUUCUUGGUUCUUGCGAAGCGUGCUCGUCUGCAGCUGGAUGA